UUGCAGAACUCGUAUGGCGCUGAUCUGGCCAUAAGCAUACCCAAUAAUCCCGGCCUGGACGAUGGUGCUUCGUAUCGCCUGGACUAUAGUCCGCCCUUUGGCUAUCCGGAGCCAAAUACGACAAUUGCCUCGCGGGACAUCGGCAACGAGAUUCAAUUCUCACGUGCGCUGCCUGGCACCAAAUACAAUUUCUGGCUAUAUUACACAAAUUUUACGCAUCACGAUUGGCUCACCUGGACGGUGACCAUUACAACAGCGCCCGACCCACCAUCCAACUUAUCCGUACAGGUGCGCAGCGGUAAAAAUGCCAUCAUACUCUGGUCACCGCCCACACAGGGCAGCUAUACGGCAUUUAAGAUCAAGGUGCUUGGCCUAUCGGAGGCAUCCAAUAGCUACAAUCGCACCUUCCAGGUCAACGACAAUACAUUCCAGCACAGUGUCAAGGAGCUGACGCCAGGUGCCACCUACCAGGUGCAGGCCUACACCAUAUACGAUGGCAAGGAGUCUGUGGCCUAUACGAGUCGCAACUUUACAACAAGUCGAAGGACGCGGCAUAAAGAAUUGCUGGAUAUCAAAAUCUUGAGAGAACCAAAUACGCCGGGGAAAUUUAUUGUAUGGUUUCGUAAUGAGACAACGCUGCUGGUGCUCUGGCAGCCACCGUAUCCGGCUGGGAUUUAUACGCACUACAAGGUGUCCAUAGAGCCGCCCGAUGCCAAUGACAGUGUGCUCUAUGUGGAGAAGGAGGGCGAACCGCCGGGUCCGGCUCAGGCGGCAUUCAAGGGACUCGUCCCUGGACGUGCCUACAACAUUUCCGUGCAAACCAUGUCCGAGGAUGAGAUCUCAUUGCCAACAACAGCGCAAUAUCGAACGGUGCCAUUGCGUCCACUCAAUGUCACCUUCGACAAGGACUUCAUCACAUCGAACUCGUUCCGGGUGCUCUGGGAGGCGCCCAAGGGCGUUUCCGAGUUCGACAAGUACCAGGUGUCCGUUGCCACGACGCGUCGUCAAUCGACGGUGGCGCGCAGCAACGAGCCAAUCGCUUUCUUCGACUUCCGCGACAUUGCCGAGCCGGGCAAAACGUUCAAUGUGAUUGUGAAGACGGUGUCCGGUAAGGUCACCUCGUGGCCGGCCACUGGCGAUGUCACACUGCGGCCGCUACCCGUGCGCAAUUUGCGCAGCUUCAACGAUGACAAGACCAAUACGAUGAUCAUCACAUGGGAGGCGGACCCGGCUAGCACACAGGACGAGUACCGCAUUGUCUACCAUGAGCUGGAGACAUUCAAUGGGGAUACGAGCACCCUGACCACAGACCGCACGCGCUUCACCCUCGAGAGUCUUUUGCCGGGCCGCAACUACUCGCUCUCCGUGCAGGCGGUGUCCAAGAAGAUGGAAUCGAAUGAGACGAGCAUCUUUGUGGUCACCCGCCCGUCGUCGCCCAUCAUUGAGGAUCUGAAGAGCAUACGCAUGGGCCUCAACAUCAGCUGGAAGAGCGAUGUCAACUCGAAGCAAGAGCAGUACGAGGUGCUCUACUCGCGCAAUGGCACCAGCGAAGUGAGCACCCUCAUCACCAAGGAGUCUCGCUUGGUCAUCAAGAAUCUGCAGCCAGGCGCCGGCUAUGAGCUCAAGGUCUUUGCUGUCAGCCACGAUCUACGCAGCGAGCCGCACGCCUACUUCCAGGCAGUCUUUCCCAAUCCGCCACGAAACAUGACCAUCGAAACGGUGCGCAGCAAUUCGGUGCUCGUUCAUUGGUCGCCGCCAGAGAGCGGAGAGUUCACUGAGUAUUCCAUACGCUACCGCACCGAUAGCGAACAGCAAUGGGUGCGAUUGCCCAGCGUACGCUCCACGGAGGCGGACAUCACGGACAUGACCAAGGGCGAGAAGUACACCAUCCAGGUGAACACGGUUAGCUUUGGCGUCGAGAGUCCCAAUCCACAGGAGGUGAACACAACCGUGCCACCGAAUCCCGUCUCCAAUAUCAUCCAGCUCGUUGACUCGCGAAAUAUUACACUGGAGUGGCCCAAGCCGGAGGGUCGAGUCGAGUCCUACAUUCUGAAAUGGUGGCCCACCGAUAAUCCAACUCGUGUCCAAACCAAAAAUGUCUCCGAGAACAAAUCGGCUGAUGACUUGUCCACUGUACGGGUGCUGAUUGGUGACCUAAUGCCGGGUGUGCAAUACAAAUUCGAUAUACAGACGACAUCGUAUGGCAUUCUGUCGGGCAUAACGAGCCUCUAUCCGCGCACCAUGCCCCUCAUCCAGUCCGAUGUGGUAGUGGCCAACGGGGAGAAGGAGGAUGAACGAGAUACGAUAACGCUGAGCUAUACACCGACGCCUCAGUCCUCGUCCAAAUUCGAUAUCUAUCGCUUCUCGCUGGGCGAUUCGGAGAUCAAGGAGAAGGAGAAGCUGGCCAACGAUACGGAUCGCAAGGUUACCUUCACGGGUCUGGUACCGGGACGCCUCUACAACAUCACCGUCUGGACGGUGAGCGGAGGCGUUGCCAGUUUGCCGAUACAGCGACAGGAUCGCCUCUAUCCGGAGCCCAUAACACAGCUGCAUGCGACAAAUAUAACGGAUACGGAAAUAUCGCUGCGCUGGGAUCUGCCCAAGGGCGAGUACAACGACUUUGACAUCGCCUACCUGACAGCCGACAAUGUGCUGGCCCAGAAUACGACCACGCGCAACGAGAUCACCAUCAGCGACCUGCGUCCGCAUCGCAACUACACAUUCACCGUAGUCGUGCGCUCCGGCACGGAGUCCUCGGUGCUGCGCAGCAGUGCUCCGCUCUCCGCCAGCUUUACGACGAACGAGGCGGUGCCAGGGCGCGUCGAGCGCUUCCAUCCGAUGGACGUGCAGCCGAGUGAGAUUAACUUUGAGUGGUCGCUGCCGUCGAGCGAGGCGAACGGCAUCAUUCGGCAGUUCUCGAUUGCGUACCAGAACAUCAACAACCAGACGGACUCGGGCGUGCAGGACUUUGAUUCGGAGGAGUCCUUUGGCGUUAUACGCAACCUGAAGCCCGGCGAGACUUACGUAUUCAAGAUUCAAGCCAAGACGGCCGUUGGCUACGGCCCGGAACGGGAAUACAAGCAAACGAUGCCCAUUCUGGCGCCACCACGUCCCGCCACCCAGGUGGUGCCCACCGAGGUGUACCGCAGCUCAUCGACCAUACAAAUCCGAUUCCGAAAGAACUACUUCUCCGAUCAGAAUGGACAGGUGCGCAUGUACACGAUCAUCGUGGCCGAGGAUGAUACAAAGAAUGCGUCCGGCCUGGAGAUGCCCAGCUGGAUGGAUGUGCAGUCCUAUAGCGUCUGGUUGCCCUACCAGGCCAUCGAUCCGUACUAUCCAUUCGAGAACCGUUCCGUCGAGGACUUUACCAUCGGCACCGAGAACUGUGACAAUCACAAGCUCGGCUACUGCAACGGGCCGCUCAAAUCGGGCACCACCUAUCGGGUCAAGGUGCGCGCCUUCACCGGCCCCGACAAGUUCACGGACACCGCCUACAGUUUCCCCAUACAAACAGAGCUGCUGAGCUCACCGGAUCAAGGCAACUCGACGGUUAUUGUGGCCGUCACAGUGCCCCUGACGAUUAUCGUCGUGCUGCUCUUCACGGUGCUGUUCUACAAGAGGCGUCGCAACAAUUGCCGCAAGACCACGAAGGACUCGCGAGCCAAUGAUAAUAUGUCCCUGCCGGACAGCGUCAUCGAACAGAAUCGUCCCAUUCUGAUCAAGAACUUUGCGGAGCACUACCGGCUCAUGUCGGCCGACUCGGACUUCCGUUUCAGCGAGGAGUUCGAGGAGCUGAAGCAUGUCGGCCGGGAUCAGCCCUGCACAUUCGCCGACCUGCCCUGCAAUCGGCCAAAGAAUCGCUUCACCAACAUUCUGCCCUACGAUCACUCGCGCUUCAAGCUGCAGCCCGUCGACGACGACGAGGGCUCUGACUACAUCAAUGCCAACUAUGUGCCCGGCCACAAUUCGCCGCGCGAAUUCAUAGUCACCCAGGGGCCGUUGCACUCCACACGCGACGACUUCUGGCGCAUGUGCUGGGAGAGCAACUCCCGGGCGAUUGUGAUGCUCACCCGGUGCUUCGAGAAGGGCCGCGAGAAGUGCGAUCAGUACUGGCCCAACGAUACGGUGCCCGUCUUCUAUGGCGACAUCAAGGUCCAAAUACUCAACGAUAGCCACUACGCCGACUGGGUGAUGACCGAGUUUAUGCUGUGUCGAGGCAGUGAACAGCGCAUCUUGCGGCACUUCCACUUCAUCACAUGGCCCGACUUUGGUGUACCGAAUCCACCCCAGACGCUCGUCCGUUUCGUUCGGGCAUUCCGAGAUCGAAUCGGCGCCGAGCAGCGUCCCAUUUUGGUGCACUGCAGCGCUGGCGUUGGCAGAUCCGGCACCUUCAUCACACUGGAUCGCAUACUGCAGCAGAUCAAUACGUCCGACUAUGUGGACAUCUUUGGCAUAGUCUAUGCCAUGCGCAAGGAGCGCGUCUGGAUGGUGCAAACGGAGCAGCAGUACAUCUGUAUACAUCAGUGCCUGCUGGCGGUGCUCGAGGGCAAGGAGAACAUUGUCGGACCGGCCCGUGUCAUGGACGACAACGAGGGCUUCGAAGGCGAAGAUGGUCAACUGGAGGAGCAUGGCGCCAUAUUGGCGACCAUCGAGGAGCAACUGCACCACCAACUGGAGGCAAUCGAUGACGAGAACGCGGCGAUCCACCACGACGAACAGCAGCCGCUGACGAGCAGCAGCUUCGGUAACACCAGCAACGGACUGGGCCUGGGGCUGGGUUUGGGCUUGGGCUUGGGCAUGGGCAUGGGCAUGGGCAUGGGUCUCGGCUCCAACUCGAUGAGCUCGUUCGGCGUCGAUGCGCCGGACAGAUGACAUUCGGCGGUUGUCAACCAGAGCGAUAA